AUGAAAUGUAGCUAUGAGAAUAUCAGUCAUUGUAGUUGUCGGUGCUCUUGGAUUCAAGGAGCCAGCGUCGUGUCAGUCUACUUAUCAUCACAAAACGCAACACAGCACCAUAUCCGAGCUCUGACUUCCAAUCCAUUAAGUGAUGCUGCUGUGAAGCUAGCAAGCAAUCGAAAUGUAACCGUCAUGAGAGUUGAUCUUAAUUCUUUUGAUAGCAUUGUCUCUGCUUUCCAAGACGCUACCUUCAUCUUCGCCAAUACUGUGGUUCACACUGAAACGUUUCUGAACGAAGGGGCCAAGGAGACACAAUUACUCGAAGAAAGACAAGCAUUUGGUCUGGUCUACUCUUCCAGAUGCGCUGAGCGUCAUGGAAGGAAAAUACGUGAUCCCGCACAUCCAAUCCAGAAUUCCAGCAGAAAAUUCUUGCUCGACGUUAAGAACGGUCUUGCUCAAAAGACGACUUAUCUCUAUGUUGGCUUGUACGGAUCAAAUAUUGGGAGAGACCCUUACCGCCCGAUUUAUGUGAAAGGAGAUAAGAGGUAUAUCAUCACUUGGCCAUGCUCUUCAAAUGCCAAUGUCCCAUAUGGAGACGAUAAGGCGGUGAACAUUGGCUUGAUAGUCAAGGCUAUUAAGAACUCUAGAAAGUCCGUUUUGGGGAUAUCAGAGUACUUGACUAGUACAAGUCUCACAUCAAAAAUUUCGAGGAUAUUGAAGGAGAAGGAUUAUUCUGCGGAUGUAGCAUUCGUUGAAACAACGUUCGAUUCUUAUAGAGAUCAAGUUUGA